CUUGCUCCAAACACGACAUUCACAGCGAGGUGUUCAUGCGCCGCAACGCCACAAAGUUCAUUGGUAGGAGCAUCUGACCCUGUGCCCUUCUUUUAAAAUCGGUCUAGUGCCUGAUUCACAGCUCCAAGAGGUACAAGAAAGAGAUUGUAAGAGCGUAGGGCCAUGAAAUAAUCAGGACCAGGAGGGGGGUUCAGGAAACAAAGCUCUUAAUUUCUUGAAGACAACGACAACACCACAACCUCAACGCACAUUUCGGCCCAAUUGCCCCCACCAUGGCAGACCCGACCUAUUAUAUCGAUGAAGAUGUCGGUGUAGACUCCAAAGCACAAACCGGCACUGAAGACCUUCCCUACAAGACUCUCGGUUUCGCUGUGCUCACCCAUGGCGAGACUGCGAAGUUCCUCACACGCAAGAGCUUGAGCGGGGAUGUGCCCGAGGGCUCGGAUGCAACUUCGAGGCUAGAAUGGAAGCCAGUUGCUAAGGCGGCUAUGAAGAAGGCGAUUAACUACGCCAAAGCCCAGCAGAAGAAGGCUGCCAGGGAACAGGAGCUGCUUGCAAUGAGGAUGAAGGAGGAAGCGGAUCGAAAGAAGGUGCUUGACGAGGCAAAGAAGAUUAUAAUUAAGGAGGACACAAGCUUACCCCAUGCGGAGAGGAUCAAGCUAGACGAGACAGAUCCGGCCAAGGUCAAGCUGGGCAACGGCUCAGAUGUGAAGGGUACUAGAGUUCGAGUGUUUGGCAGAGUACACCGUGAGCGGAGACAAAAAGAAGUCAUGUUUAUCACACUCCGAGACGGAUACGGGUUUAUGCAGGUCAUCUUUACUGGUCCCCUCGCAAAGACGUACGAUGCCUUGACGUUGACUCGAGAGACAAGCAUGGAGAUCCUCGGAGAGCUGAAGGAGGUUCCACCUGGUGCACAUGCGCCUAACAACCGCGAACUACACGCCGAUUACUUCAAGAUCCACGCGGGAUGCAAAGCAGCAGGCGGCGACGACGCCAUCACCAAUAGGGUAUCAAAGGACACUGAGCACGCGACACUGCUAGACUUACGCCAUCUCACCCUUCGAGGGGAAAACGCAUCCAAGGUCUUGAUCGUUCGGGAUGCCGUCGAGUACGCGUUCAACAUCGUCUACAAAGAGCUCCGCAUGCGAAAAGUUAGCCCUCCAGCUCUCGUCCAAACCCAGGUCGAAGGAGGUGCCACGCUCUUCAAGUUUAACUACUACCAUGAGGAGGCAUAUCUCACCCAAUCCUCCCAACUAUAUCUCGAGACAUGUCUGCCCUCAAUGGGCGAUGUCUACUGUAUCGAGAAGUCAUUCCGAGCAGAGAAGUCUCUGACCCGUCGCCACUUGGCCGAGUACUCUCACGUUGAGGCCGAGCUGGAUUUCAUUACCUUCGAUGACCUCCUUGAGCAUCUAGAACUAGUCAUGUGUCGUGUUCUUGAAGUCACUAUGUCUGAUCCUACGGUCAAGCAGUACAUCAUGGACCUCAACCCCGAGUUCCAGAUUCCGGAGCGACCAUUCAAGCGGAUGAAGUACACCGAAGCCAUUGAUUGGCUUGUGGAGCAUGGAAUCCUGAACGAAGACAACGAGCCGCACAAAUUCGGCGACGACAUUGCUGAAGCUGCCGAGCGCAAGAUGACAGACAUCAUCAACCGGCCCAUCUUCCUGACACACUUCCCAGCAGAGAUCAAAGCUUUCUACAUGCCCAAGGAUAAAGAUGAUCCCCGAGUCACUGAGAGCGUGGACUGCUUGAUGCCUGGCGUUGGGGAGAUUGUGGGUGGUAGUAUGAGGAUCUACGAUUAUGAUGAGUUGAUAGCGGCAUUCAAGAGAGUGGACAUUGAUCCUGCCCCAUACUACUGGUACACCGACCAGCGAAAAUACGGCAGCUCUCCCCACGGCGGCUAUGGUCUCGGUCUCGAGCGUUUCCUAGCAUGGCUUUGCAAGCAGCAUACAGUCCGUGACUGCUGUCUGUACCCACGAUAUUUUGGCCGCUGCAAGCCGUGAUUGAUUUGCUAACGUUCACUCACUUUCUUUUUAAAGCCCUUUCCCUCCCUAAACCGACUUUUGUCUCUUUAGCGUAUCCAGGGGUAGAUCACAGUGGCGCGAUACAUAAUGCUAGGUGGAAUGACCACACUAGUUUCCCCAUUUCCCUCUUCCGGACACGAGGCGCGAUAAUAGACAGAUCAUACCCAAUCAUUUCCUAAUAAACUCAUCCGUGUGUCUG